GAGCAAUUAUGGUUCAUCGAGUGGAGGAGAGGUAAGAAGUGUCUUGCUUGAUGCUAAAUGUGUAGACAUAUGGGAAGGAAAUUGAAAUGUUUAUUUGACACGAGGACGACUCAUGAAAUAACAUGGUCGCACACGACGAAGACGAGUUAAAGGAGUUCAAAGGAUGAGAAUGUCGCAACAUCUUGAAGAUGCGUCAUUGUGUGCCUAGAAAUGGGCGGGUGUGUUUCAACUACCACACCCGCACCAGGUGGAAGUACGUCCUCGAACGCUAGUGCCACUGCUCCGCUCAAGGAUACAAUGUUUUUCGGGUCAUCUUCAUCUAGGCCUGACUCUGGGGUUGUACCUGUACCACACGAAUACGGUUUCGGUGCGACCGAGGCUUCAGGUUCAGCGCCGGGAAAAGGACAAGGUGGAAAAGUACGACAAGGCACCGAUGAUGCUGUGGUUACUGCCGGAACCAAGGCUACAGCGGGUGCGCUGCUGCUCUCAACCGCUGACGACUCAACUCGUGCGAAACAAGAUCUUGUGUCGAAUCACAGCGCACGCCGAGACUCAUCUAAGACCUCCAGCUCGACUGCACUGUCGGGUAGCACGCAGCAGUCGUCAAUGCAGAAUAGGCUGUUUAAAGGCAGAGGGCAGGAUGAAAGAAAGUCUGGAGGCGGGAACGACAAUAGGCGCGGGAGCAAGAUAUCGCAGCUUUUUGACCAAGUAAAAGAGUCGCUACGCCUCAGACGCUCCAGUUUUCUUGGUGGAGGUACUAGGAUGAAUAGCACGAAAUAAUGCAAACGAAUCCAGGAAUGUAGUCAAAGACGUGAAGGAAAAACAACCACAAGCGAUUUAUCAUUGACAUUGAUUCAUAUAGAUGCCGUCGCUGCACAUCAGCACAGUUUUUUGCUUUGUUUCCAAGUUAUUAAAUUUGCGCGUUACAUCAGGUGACGCUGUCCAUCACCAUCGGCACCAGGAUGAGUUCGAAGAGAUUACUUUAGCUCCCCUAUCGCGUUGUGCCACUACUCUUGCGGAUUGCACUGUGGUAAAGUACCAAGCGUUUGCCUUCCUCAUUCCCUACUACGCAGCCCCGCCACAGACUCGACGGCGCAGCAGCGCAGGACUCAUCACAAAUUCCGGAAACAGCAAUGAGCAUCACAUUAUGCACGGAGCUGAACAACAACAGCGAUAAUAAGAUCACAUCUUGCUCAUGGUCAUACCUUUUGUGAGGGUUGGAACAACAGCCACAAGGUCGAUUGCCCAUGAAACUUGACAUACAACUUUUGGAAUUUUAUUCCCUCUUAGUGUUCUUGACUCAGGCGCGCACGUGCAAGAUUUGAAAACUCUAAAGAAAGCAGUGGCUCAGGCGGAUUUGGAGGGCGUUCAGGAUUGGAUUCGGAGCUCCCGGAGCUCAAUCGACGGACGCUGCAACUAGACAAAGAGCGCAACCUUUUUCAAGUCGCGGCACUGCGACAGUGCCUUUUUGGGUACUAUGAAUACGAGAUGCGCUUACUCGUUUUUGAGAAGAAGCGGUGGCUUUAAGGCUAGAAGUUACUUAUUAAAUGAACUCACCUGGCCCUGAUCUUCAUCCUUGGUAAGUUGUUCCUCUCCUCGUUUCAUUUUUUAGAUUCAUCAUUCACUCAAAGUACAAUUAAUUUAUCACUGGCUUCCUGCUUUUAGUGUUAGAGUUUACUCUGUUACCUCAAAUAGUGCAUACUGUUAUUACUCAGCGCAAACUCAUCUUUUUCUUUUCCGGAUCUAAUGUUAGUUGCGGUUUCUUAUAGUGAGGAAAUUUUUGCUGUUAGGAAGGAAGCUGAUGAAAGUGUUGAUGAAGCUUCAUUAUAGUUUGUUACCAGUCACUGCCUGUCGAGUUCGAGUUCCCCUUCUAAUGUCUAGCGUUGACUGCGCCGAAGCCAAGCGACGCAACAGACAACGCGCUUCUGGAAGCGGUAGUGACACUGCGCCGCGUCGAAAGGCAUCGACAGAUCCUUCUUAUUGAGGGUGUGCGUGGCAAGGAGUUAAUUCUCUGUGUGGAGAUGGAUCCGAAGGACGAGAGACUUGUCUUCGCGGAAGACCGAAUGCGAAACCCGUUGCCGUGGUUUGCCUGGCACCAUGAAGACGAGGAGGAAGUGAGCGAAGAUGCACGCUUGGACAGGGCAGCUGAAGAAGCGGGUGCGAUUGAGCUAGCGCGGCCGCCGUCGAAAAAUAGGGGGCCGCCGUCGACGCGUCCGGGACAGGGUUCGUCGACAUCUGCUAGUGCUGUUGUUGCUGGUCCUCCUGAAACCGUAGUAAGCGGCACCUCAUUUCCUGCACCAGCAUCCGGUCGUACAUCUGUGCCUUCCACCGUAGUUGCGCCAUUGUCACCGACCUCACGUCAUCGUCGUCAGAUCAAGCGGGAGUGUCCGAUCAGACUGCCAAGCAGACUGCAGCCCCCAACGUCGGGUACGAACUCCAGUGGGUUGAACCACGACACUAGAUCGAAACAGCGGAGCUCCCUUGGAGGCGGCGGCGGUCCCCAGGGUGCGGCGGGCGCCCAACAUAGUCUAAGUUCACUGGACCCGGUACAGCAAAUGAGGCGGCGCAGCACAACGGGCCUCGACCGCAAUUUCUACGAAACACUCGCGCCCGAUGCAGAGAGGAGUCUUUUGGCUGGGAGUCGAAGGUGAACAGGAGGAGUCCGUUAAAAAUGUAUACGCUAUCGGGCGGGAUGUUACAUCGCGUAAAUACGAGCAAUUCAUAUUCAGUUUAUCGAUGUCUUGAAUUCUUCCGGUAGCUGGUCUCAGUACUCGCAGCUUCUGUAAGUGAUCUAUGUUUAAGAUGCCUCUCAGGGACCGUAGACAUCGUGCAAUAAGAUUGAUUUCCCGAGGUGUACGUAGGUAUGAUAUCAUCACUAUGCGUGUCGAUUACCAGGUGUAUGCACGCCUUGUCUUUUUCCAUAAGAUUCAAUCAAAUCUCCUGUUGAAAGUCAAUACUCGACAGCUUGUUUUAUUUAGUGCCAAAAUGAAAGUGUGCAGUGCAGUGCAAUGGCAGAGGCAGUUAGUAACUGUAAAUUUCAACAGUAGUUGUGAUUGUUGGACCUGGAUUUGCUCACUAGCAAUGCAAUAGAUAGUGGUAUUUGUAGUAUUUGUAGUUGCAUGAGGGCGAGCAUCUUACUGCAUGGUGC